AUGCGCUCUUUGCUCACCGGCGGCCGACUGCGGGGCAUUUUGGGCACGACCGGUGCGAUGGGGCAGGGCGAGCAGCGGCUGCUGGGGGACGGCCACGACACCCUGAGCAUUGUUGAUCACACACGCUUGCUCCAUUCCGCCGUUUUUCGUGGGUUUUUUUUAUCUGGACAGCUGCGGGGCGUGGAGUCUGUUGGCGCGCAAGCGAACCUGAUGGUUCCCCUGUUUGGGGUGAACGGGAGUGAGUCUCAGCAGCGCGUUGAGAGGCGCGUGGUAGAUGUGUUUGAGGGCCUGCAAAGGCAGGAAGGAGGUCCGCUGUCUGCGUGCAUGAAUGCUGCGGUGCUGCUGGCUGUGCAGGGUGGCGCGUCGGCUGCUGGUGAUGGCGCGUCGCCGCUGAGGUUUGUGGUUCUCGACGUUCGUCCUCUGGCACCGAGUCUUCCCUUCACGUGGCACUUUACGUGGGCCGAGAUAUGUGCGCUGGGGCAGCUUGACACAGGGGCUGGCGCGGGCCAUGGGUCGGUGUCCCUCCCUGUUUUCAAAACGACGCGUGUUGCCGUGGCGUCGCUGGAGCCGUACGAUGCACUCUCGAGGGAGGCGUUUCCCGUGCUUAAUGGGUAUCUUCGCGGGGCCCGCCUGCGGCGUCGAGCGGUCAUGGACUCGACGAGGUUUACCGCCGCUGCUGCCGGCGCCGCCCUUGUGCUUGCUGCCGCGUUUGUAGGAAGACGUUACUUUGUGUCUUGCUCUGGGUGA